CGCAAGCUCCGGGGCGGGCCCGGAGGGGGCGUGCCCGCAUAAUAGAUGAGGGGGCGUGUCCGCCAGGGCUGGCGCCGGAGGCUCCCAAGAUGGCGGCGCUGGCGGCGGAGCGGGGCUACGCUCUGUCGUGUGGACGCCUCGGCCGCGGGACCCGCGUCUCCGUCUUCCAUGUCAAGCUCACCGAGUCGGCCCUCAGCGCCUUCGAGGCCUACCAGGGCCGCAAGGAGUCUGUGGCUCUGCGGCCGUCGAUUCAGUUUCAAGGAAGCCAAGGGCACAUCUCCAUCCCCAGGCCGGAUUGCCCGACGGAAGCCCGGACCUUCUCCUUUUACCUCUCCAAUAUCGGGAAGGACAGCCCCCAGGGGAGUUUUGACUGCAUCCAGCAGUAUGUGUCCAGCGACGGCAACAUCCAGCUGGACUGCCUCGGCACCAUCCAGGACAAGAUCACCGUCUGUGCCACCGACGAUUCGUACCAGAAGGCGAAGCAGAACAUGGCCCUGGCGGAGUCGGACCUGCGGAGCCGAGGCGCCAUCGUCAUCAAGCCCGGAGGCCGCUAUGUUGGCAAAAAGGUCCAGAUGCGGAAACCAGCACCCGGUGCUUCCGACACGGUUCCCUCGCGGAUACGCCCGACGCCCGUCAACCUGGCCAGCGCAAUUAAGAAGAGCAACAGCGCCGUCUCCCAGCGGCCUUUCCGAGACCGGGUGAUGCACCUGCUGGCCCUGAAGCCGUAUAAGAAGCCCGAGCUGAUCCUCCGGCUGCAGAAGGACAGGCUCUCCCCGCCCGACAAGGACUCCCUGGACGUGCUCUUGCAGCAGGUGGCCAACGUGAACGCCAAAGACAGCACUUGCACCCUGAAAGACCAUCUUUACCGAGAAGUCCAGAAGGACUGGCCCGGCUACACGGAGAGCGACCGGCUGUUGCUGAAAAAGAUCCUUUCCCGGAAACCUUGCCCACCCCAGAACACCAGCUGCCCCCCCGAGACCCCUGCUCUGAGUCCGCCGAAAGACCAAGCAAACGUCUCUUCCUCCUCUCCCCAGAAGCGACCCCAGCCCCCGGAGUUCACGGAUCCGCUUGCCCACAAAAGGCCGAGGAUCUCUCGCUUUGCCCAACGGACUCAGGCCACCUUCAACGGGAAGCUCGGCUCCGCCAACGGCAGGGAGGCCUCUCCCUCCCCGGCGGUGGAGGUGGUCAGCUCCAGCACCCUCCUGCCCCCCCUGGAGCUGCCCAGGCCCCACGACCCCCUUACUGACGUCAGCAACGACCUCAGCCACAACGGCAAGGACUCUGAGGAGCCGGCCGGGAGGUUGGGGGCACCGGGGGCCCCUCGGCCCGCAGACUCUGCCUCGGCAGGCAGACACCACGGCGGCACGCACUCGAAGAGCAAGAAGAAGCUGAAGAAGCACCGGGAGAGGGAGCGGAAGCAGCAGGAGGAGGAGCAGCAGCAGGCCAGGGAGAAGCCCCACUGUGAGCCGAAGAAGGGCGGGCCGAAAACGGGCCCCUUGCAGGAUGCCACGGCAGGUCUAAACGGCGCGUGCAACAGCUCCAGCGUUCUAACGUCGACGUCGGAAAUGCCGGAUUACUUGCUCAAAUACGCAGCCAUCUCCUCCUCGGAGCAGCGGCAGAGCUACAAGAACGACUUCAACGCAGAGUACAGCGAGUACCGCGACCUGCACGCCCGCAUCGAGAGGAUCACGCGGCGGUUCACCCAGCUGGACUCCCAGCUCAAGCAGCUGUCCCAGGGCUCUGAGGAGUACAAGACUAUCCACGAUCAGAUCUUGCAGGAAUACCGGAAAAUUAAAAAGACGAACCCCAACUACAGCCAAGAGAAGAACCGCUGCGAAUACCUCCACAACAAGCUCGCCCACAUUAAAAAACUGAUUGCAGAGUACGACCAUCAGCAGUUCUAGUCUUUGGUGCUGCUGCCGGGGGCCGAGUGAGAAUCACCCUGGCGAGCCAUGAACCUGUGAACCGUUUCCAAAGGGGAGAAGGAAAGCAAAUGGAGGAGGCCUCUGUCUGAAGCCGGAGGCCUGGCUUCUCGGGCUCUGGAGCCCAAAGAGGGGAUGCAGCUGGUCGGUGAACCACACCCAGGAGCCCGCCGUGGGGCACUCCUCAGCGCCGGGAACUCGCUCUGUCCCUCCAACUAUUAAAGACGGUUAAAGGAAGGAGAGUAGGCUUCCCCCCCCCAGCAAAUGUGUCCCCCGCCCCAGCCUCCAAAAGGGCCACAGAGCUGUGUUGCCUGUUCCAGGUGGCCGCCGACUCUGCCGUGUGAGUUGCUCGCUUUGUGGGGGGAGCAGGGAGAAGGCGCCUCUUGUCCCCCGCCCCCCUUCAGACCUGUCCGUAUGCUCUCCAUUAAAUUGUUCCAGAACUCACCGCUUCUUUUGUAUUUCUCUCGCUUCCCCCUCCCCGGCUCCGUCCGCCCCCCACCCCGCAUUUGGCUGCCAAGUCGCAGUUCCCCAGCAUGGUGGGGAAAGGCAGCCCAGUUCAGCUUUUCUAGUUUUUAUACAGGAAGGCCCAAUUUGAAUAACCCGGCCAGUUCUCCAAACCAUUUUUAAAAGACUUUUCAAACGGAGCCUGCUUUUCCUCCCCUGCCCCCAGCUUUUGGGGGACUGUUUCCACCCACCUUGUUUCAGCGGUAACCCCAGGCCACAGAGGUCCCCCUGUGCUCCACAACCCAUCAGAAACGGCUGUGGGGAGGGGAACAGUGUUUUAUUGUGCUCUCUCUUUUGGUAACUUCCCAAAGGCGACUGGACAGGAUCCAAGGAACAGCUGGGAGAGGGUUUGGGUUGCUCAAGGUCUUCAAGCAGCUUCCCUCACACACCCCUCUUCCUUCGUAAGUUGGUGGGCCUGAGGGGGCUGGCUUCAGCCUGGGGUGGCUAGGACCCUUCAGCCCCCAAGGCCACCAUGUUUCCUACCGCAGUUUAAGAGGACCCUUCUCCUCGCCUUCCCUCUCCUCUUCUGCCUCUCAGAAAUGUGGCCCAGUUGGAACCGAACCCUCCUCGGACUGCAACUGAUGGACCCGCUUGUGUUCUCGAACCUUGGCCUCAGCACCUUUGCAGGAUGCCUUUCUCUGCACAGGCUGUUCUUGCCGUUUCGCGGAGUGCCGCUGCUGUUGGGUGAGGGGCUGGCAGGAGGGAGAGGGCUUGGCAGACGGAGCAAGGAGAGGACCCAGGAGGGUCGCCACAGCUGAGAGAGGCAGAGUUGUUUUCAAAAUGGCACCUCUUGAGGAGGUGGUCAUGGAAAUGGGGGCCUGUUGGGCCCCAACCCCACAGGCCAGGAAGCAUUUCUCAAAUACUUCUAGACACCGGGCGGAGCGGUUUGCCUCUGCUGAGGUGCCCAGGUUGGGAGGGUCUUGGAGGGCCAAAGAGCUGUGGGGCAGUGCUAAAGCAAGGAACAGAGGCCCUGGUGGGCUUCUUGGGGUGCACUGGGACUAGGCAUAUGCCCCUGCAUUUGUGGAAACCAGCCAAUUCGUUGGCUGGUUUCUCAAAUGGGGAUAUUCUCAGUCAGGGCAUCCUCAGGCACCCCAGAGAUGAUGAGUCAGGUGUGGGGGUACUUUUUGGGCAUGGUCGCUGGAGAGAUGGAGGUCUGGUGGGCACUAGAGAUGGGCACGGAAUUAUAUUUGUGUUCUGUUCCGAGCUCGGAAUGGAAUACAGAUGCCCAAAAUGUCGAGCCGGUGGUUCUGAGCACCAUUUUGGACUCCGAAAUGGCACUCUUCUGGCCUCUGCACAAGCGCAGCAGCCAUUUGCGUGCUGGUGCUGAUGACAGAAAUGGCUGUCGCGCAUGCGCAGAGGCAGAAGAAUGCCAUUUUGGAGUCCAAAAUGGCGUCCGUAACACUCGGAACGUUCCAACUCGGAACGGGGUCAUUCUGUUCCGAGCUCAGAGUAGGCCCUUCCCUACUCGUAGAACAGACCCUUCAAAGGAAGGGCCUACUCUGAGCUCACAACAUUCUGCACAUACCAGGUGUGUGCUCUGGUCCUAUGUGCCCGCCCCAGAAUUUUCUGGAAGGUGUGCUGUUCCUGAGACACCGUCCCCCGCCGUGACCCACCCACCCCCACUUUUCAAUCCACAAGGAUGCUUGCAUCUUUGAAAGCCUGUCUGUCCUAAACCAAUUCCCUGCUCUCUCCCCAUCUGGCUGAUAGAAUUUUCAGGAGCUUUCUGGGAUAAAUAUCUUCUUGGCCAUGUCACUUUGGGAAUCCAAGCUGUAGAACAAGGCUUCACAGGAUGGCCCUUGCUCACCACCACCCCAUCAUGUGUGGGGUGGUUCCUUUGUGUAGUUUUCAAAUCUCUCACCUAGGUCGAGAAUCUACUGAAAAAUGCUCCAUGCAGAAUUCCUUUUCAAAAUGAAAUGACCACAGCAUCCAGAGGUGGAGAGAGGUGCCAGUUGAUGUGUUCAGGAUUGAUCUUUUGGGACCUUAAUAUUUUUGGGAUAGGGGUGGUUGGGGCGGGCAGGGGGACAGAAUAUUUUUGGAGGGAAUUGUUAAAAAAGAGAGAGGGGUGUCUCAGUUCCUUAUACGAUAACCUGUUCUAUAUAAAGAUAUUUUUGCAAAUGAAAAGUUGGAUACAAAGAUGUAUUGUGUAUAUUACACAAGUGCAUGUAUGUAUAUGUGUGUAUAUAUAUAAAUAUAUAUAUAAAAUAUAUAUUCUGGAACUUUCUAGAAUUUUAAAAAUAGAUAUUUAAUGACUAUCCAAAAGGAGGAAAGAAGUUAUAUACUGUGAGACGCUGCUUUGCUGCUUCAUUCUGAGACCAUGGCUAAAGGAGCGUAGUUUUUCUCUUUAAGCCUUCGUUUUACUUUUUUGUUCUUUUUCUAGCGAUUUACACCGCUUUAGGCAAAACAUCGUGCAUUUUGGGGGUGUGAUUCUCCCCAACCAUAGACACCUGUUCUUAAGCUCAUUUGAAUAUGACCUCACUUACCCAUCAAAUUUGUUUUGUAUUAACUGUAAUGGAUGCUGAUGAAAAGAUACUUUUGAGCCGCCAAGUUGGUUUUAAAAAAAACAAAACCAAAAAAAGUUUCACUUUUUGCCAAAAGGUUACCUUUUAAAAGUGGCAUAAGUUUCGCCUCGGCUUUCCCAAUCUUUUCUUAAAAGGCUGGUGUGGAUGUGCACGCGUGUGCGUGUGUUAUGUACACAUGGGGGGGACUGAGGGAAAACCCAAAUGCUGGUUCUUUUUUGCAACCUAUAAUAAAAGUCAUUGUAUUGGAAAUGCA